CGAUGCCGAGGCCGAGCGAUGCCGAGCGAUGCCGAGGAGAUUGGUUAGUUAGGGAUCGAUAAAUCAGAUAUAUCAGAAUACGAUAGAAUGUUGAAAUAACGCAAAGAUGAAUCCUGUGUUGCGCACUAUCCGAGCUUGCGUACGCUCUGCUAGGUCCGCGAGCCAUGCCACGUACAGCACUCUACCCUCGGAAGCGGUAAUAUUUACGGAAGAUGAUCGCAUGGUUGUCUGCUGGCAUCCGGAGAAACCGUUUCCGUACGAGUGCUCUUUACCUUUGCCCGAGGAGAAGCCCGACACUUCUGUACUGUGCAUCGGAGACAAGGACGUGGCGGAUGUAUUCAGGAAGAAGAAGCCCUAUCAGGUCGUCGAGGAAUUAGCAAAGAUCACGUAUACCACCAAGCACAGGUGGUUCCCUUGCAACAGAGACAAGAAGGCUAAAAAAACGGAACCUGACAGGCCAUACUUGUAGUAUCUUCCUUGUAGUACGAGUAAAUAUAUUAAUUAACUGCUCCACAU